ACCGUCUUCUAAACCUUCGCCAUGGGUGGACCAGCCGCUGUAACUGCAACCGGUGGACAGCAGGCCUUCGCCCAUCUUGUUGAUCCACGGCCAUGGUGGAAGAACAGACGGUUGAUCGCUCUGAACGCUUGGAUCACAUUGCUGCUCAUCACAUCAACGACCAAUGGCUACGACGGGAGUAUGAUGAAUGGCCUCCAAUCCCUUGCGCAAUGGCGGAGCGCGUUCCACAACCCAACGCCGGGGAUGCUGGGCCUGCUCAACGCUAUUCAGAAUAUUGGGUGUCUGGCCGCGUAUCCUUUUGCACCCUAUGUCUCCGAUGGCUUUGGCCGACGGACAGCCGUCGCCCUUGGUGCAUUCAUCAUGUGCGGAGCCACCAUCCUGCAGACGGCAUCGCAAUCCGUCGGCAUGUUCAUCGGCGCAAGAUUUAUGAUUGGGUUUGGUCUCACUUUUGCGGCGUCGGCGGCUCCGGUGCUUGUCACUGAGCUGGCAUACCCCUCCCAACGUGCACCCGUCACAUCGCUGUACAACACUCUCUGGUUCCUGGGAAGCAUCGUUGCUGCUUGGACUACCUUCGGUACAUUCCACAUCCCGACCAGUUGGUCAUGGAGGAUACCAUCUGCACUGCAAGCGCUUCCUUCCGUGCUUCAGAUCUGCCUGAUCUGGUUCGUGCCCGAGUCGCCCCGUUGGCUGUGUUCGAAGGGCAGAGAAGAAGAAGCCCUGAACAUCCUCGCGUACUACCACGGGAACGGUGAUCCGCACCACCCGCUUGUCGAGUACGAGUACGAUGAGAUCCGUACGGCGCUCGCGCAUGAUCGUGAGGCAGCCCAGGUCGGCUGGCUUACUCUCUUCAAGACCCCGGGGAACCGGCGCCGGUUGAGGGUGAUGAUUGCUAUCGCCUUCUUCUCGCAGUGGUCCGGAAACAACUUAAUCUCGUACUAUCUCAACAAGACCCUGACAGCUAUAGGCAUUACCGACUCCACCACCCAACUGCUCAUCAAUGGCCUGCUCAACAUCUUCAACUGGUUCGUUGCCAUGGGCGGUGGUUUACUCUGUGACCGAGUCGGACGGCGGCCAUUGUUCCUCAUUUCUACUAUUGGCAUGUUUGUUUUCUACGUACUGCAGACGGCCUGCUUCGGACUAUACUCCGAGCAUGGCAAUCUGGCUGCUGCGCAUACCUUCAUCGCGAUGAUCUUCUUGUUCUACGGCUUCUAUGAUAUUGCAUAUACACCCCUCAUCGUCCUAUACAAUAUCGAGAUCCUGCCGUUCUCUAUUCGUCAGAAGGGCUUCACGCUGUACAGCUUUGCUCUAACGCUUUCCUUGAUCUUCAACCAAUAUGUUAACCCCAUUGCGCUUGACGCCUUGGGCUGGAAGUACUACCUUGUGUACGACUGCUGGCUCCUCUUCGAGAUAGUCUUCAUCUAUCUCUAUCUCAUUGAGACUAAGAACCGUACCCUCGAAGAAACCGCUGCCAUCUUCGACGGCGAGGAAGCCGUUGCAAGGCUCGCCGACGAUGCCGCCCGCGAAGCCGGUAUCUCCGAUACACGCUCUGACAAGGAUAAGUCUUCAGAAUCUGGUCAAAUCAUAGAGGAAAUAAAGAUUUAACGGCGUCGAGGAACAAUCUUGCACUGGCUAUCUCACAACUUGCUCUCUGCUGAAGGACACAUGCUUUGUCAAUUCAAUCUCACUGCCUGUGGUUUGCACACAUAUUUGUACAUUACAUGACCUUCGAAAUUACCAUGAAUAAGAUCUGGUCGUCGU